AUGGAUGUGGGAGCCGAAGGAGCGACCAGCCUUUCGGAGGCCGGGGAGGAUGCCAGCCCGCUAUCCGGGGCCGCAGCAUCCGACGGAGGGGACACGGUCCUGGGAGUCAGCUACGGAAUGGAAGCAGGUGACAUGGAUGUUGGUACCAAGAGGACGUUUGUCUCGGAGCUGGCCUCCUCCUCCACCCAGCUGGGCUACGGCCUGGGGAAGAGGAUCGGUCACCGAGGAGUGGACGCGUCUGGAGAGACCACAUAUAAGAAGACCACCUCCUCGGCUUUGAAGGGAGCCAUUCAGUUGGGUAUUGGCUACACCGUGGGGAACCUCAGCUCCAAACCAGAGAGAGAUGUUUUAAUGCAGGACUUCUAUGUGGUAGAGAGCAUAUUCUUCCCUAGUGAAGGCAGCAAUCUCACGCCCGCUCACCACUUUCCAGACUUCCGCUUCAAAACAUACGCGCCUGUGGCAUUCCGCUACUUCCGUGAGCUUUUUGGGAUACGACCGGAUGACUACUUGUACUCGCUGUGUAACGAGCCUCUGAUCGAGCUGUCCAAUCCUGGAGCCAGCGGCUCAGUGUUCUACGUAACCAAGGACGACGAGUUCAUCAUCAAAACCGUUAUGCACAAGGAGGCGGAGUUCUUACAGAAGCUCCUUCCCGGAUACUACAUGAACCUGAACCAGAACCCUCGUACGCUGCUGCCAAAGUUCUUUGGGCUGUACUGCGUGCAGUCGGGCGGAAAGAACAUCCGCGUGGUCGUCAUGAACAACAUCUUGCCCAGGGUGGUCCGCAUGCACCUCAAAUAUGACCUCAAAGGCUCCACGUACAAACGCCGCGCCUCCAAAAAAGAGAGGGAGAAAGCCAAGCCCACAUUCAAGGACCUGGAUUUCAUGCAUGAUAAUCAGGACGGGCUGAUUCUCGAAACAGACACCUGCAACGCUCUGAUCAAGACCCUACACAGAGACUGUCUGGUGUUGGAAAGUUUUAAGAUCAUGGACUACAGCCUGCUGUUGGGGAUUCAUAAUCUGGACCAGGCGGAGCGGGAGCAGCAGAUGGAGGGAUCUCAGGGUGGCAGUGACGAGAAGAGACCUCCGGCCCAGAAAGCUCUGUACUCCACAGCCCUGGAGUCCAUACAGGGAGCCGCCGCCUGCGGAGACAACAUCGACGCUGAGGACACGAUGGGCGGCAUUCCCGCCGUCAACGGGAAAGGAGAGCGUCUGUUGCUCUAUAUCGGCAUCAUUGACAUCCUGCAGUCGUACAGGCUGAUUAAAAAAUUGGAACAUACUUGGAAAGCUCUUGUCCAUGACGGGGACACAGUGUCAGUCCAUCGGCCGUCUUUCUACGCAGACAGAUUCCUGAGGUUCAUGAGCAGCACGGUGUUCAGGAAAAGCUCGUCUUUGAAGUCUUCUCCGUCUAAGAAGGGACGCGUGGCUCUGGCUGUACCCAAACACACGGGCCCCGGGGCCGCCUGGUCCGCCACCCAACUCCCCUCGGACAGAGACGAGAACAUCUUCGACCUGCGAGGAGCACGCAGCUUCCCCACGCUGGAGGAUGACGGGCGGCCAGAUAUCCUCCCCUGUACUCCUCAGUCAUUUGAGGAUGCGACCACCGCCUCCAUCGCCACCACCCUCUCCUCCACCACCUCACUCUCCAUCCCUGAGAGAUCUCCAUCUGACACGUCUGAACACCCCCGCUACAGGAGACACACCCAGUCCAGCUAUGAGGGAAGAUCUCAGGAUGAAGACCAGCAGACCAUCACGGUGGAGGUGGAGGUGAAGAGACAUGACAGCGAACCCACACUUACUGCUCCGCAGCCCACACCCGAGACCAGUGAAGUUCAGGAAGCUGCAGCGGCGUCAUGCUCAUCGGUUCCGGCGAGUCCGAAGGUGGUGGUGGUGGAAUCGGAUCAGGCCAGUCAGACGUCGGGCUGUCCCAGCAGGGCGUCGGUGGAUGAGGAUGAGGAUGUGCCAAUCGCCGAUGUCUACUGUCCUCCAGAGGACAGGAGCUGGGUGUAUUCCCCUCUGCACUAUGCCUCAGACAGUAAGCCAGGCUCAGAUGGGGAUGGGCAGAGCGAGACACAAAUACUGGAGACAACAUUGACCGAGCUGUCCGAAGCUGCUUCACAGGGAUCUGGUGGUCAGAAAGAGGAGCACGUGACGAAGGACGCUCUUCUGCGUGUCGCUUCACAUCAAAGUCUUCUCCCAAAACCGGGCUUUAGUAAGGACACGGAUGACAGGGAGGGUUACUCGACCUCCUCAGACCGGCUAUGCCUGCUGUCCGAGGUCCAGGCUCUGAGGAUGGAGCUGGAAGACAUCCAAAUGAGACACCAAACCACCGUCAAAGGCCUCCAUCUGUCUCUGCACUCUCUGGAGCAGGAGCACAAGACUUCCAAGAUCGGCCUGGAGCAGAAACUCCGGCUCUCUGAGGAGAGAGAACGGGUUUUAAAGGAGAAACUGGAGGAAACGGAGAAGAAGGCCAUGUCAUUGAGCCACAGCGUUCUGGCCUCCGGAAAACAUGUUCAGGACACGCAGAGUAACCUUAAGAGGAUCCAGAUCCUGCAACAGAGACUGGAGGUCUCCGAGGGGAAAGUUCUGGAUCUCGAACAGGACCUUGCUGCAUCUCAAGAAAACGUUCAAUCACUCAGCCAGAGCUUACAGAACUCUGAGAGCAGAAUUGCUGUCCUCCGCUGUAGUCAACAGCUGUGUGAGGAAAAAACACAGUCCAUGAAGAAAGAUCUUGAGAUCUCCAAAAGGAACACUGUCAACUUACAACAAUCAGUUACGACAUUGGAGCGGAAGCUUUCGUCUCUCCAACAAGAGAAAUUGGCAUGUGAGGACAAGGUUCUGUCCUUGGAGCAGAACCUCUGCUCUACCAAGGAGGAACUUCAGUCUACAAAGCAUAGCCUUGCAGCUUCAGACGAGAAGGUCCUGGCCCUCCAAGAUAAGCUCAAGCACUCUGAAAAGCAGAUUCAAUCACUGAAAGAUGUUUUGAGGACCACUAAGACUCAGGUAAAAGCAGCGGAGAUCCAGCAACAACGUCUGGACAAGCAGAAACUGGAACAGAGUGAAAAGAUGACUAGAAUGUUCCAGUCUUUCAAAGCCAUGGAGGAGAGGUAUCAAAACUCAACCCGAGAGACGCAGCUGAGCCUGGAGGCUUCCAGAGAGAAGACAGAAGCCUUGCGUGAUGCUUUAGGCAAAGCUGAGUCCGUGCAUCGGAAGGAACUUGAAGAGGAAAAACUGAAACUGGAGAGAGCUGUCCAGAAGGCAUGCUUGGAUGAGCAGGAGCUACAAAGUCAAGUUUUUUCGCUGAAUAAGAAGCUAAGAGAAGAGCGGAGCAAAGCUGCCUAUGACCAGGAGAAAUCAGUGAACUGUGAACGAGAGCUGAGAGAAACCAUUAAGGACCUCAGACAAACCAUUCAGAUACAGAACUCAGAGCGAGCCUGUGUUAUAGAGAGUUUGAGGAGGAGGCAGCAAGAUCUCACUCGAGUACAGCGCCACCUUCAGGCAGAUCUGCUCAGGUGCAGCCAGGCCUGUGGACACAACAACGUGCAGAGGAACCUCCAGGCUGACUUUCUACACCUGAAGGCCGUGCUGAAUGGUUUGCUGCAAAAUGAGGAAGCGAGAGUAGACCAACGGAGGCAGGACCUGAUAGACGUGUUUAAGACAAGUAAAGAGUGGCUGACCAAGGCAGAGAAACUGGUGAACACUUUGACUCAACCCCACUGUCGUCAGAUGCGGGGGGAAGGAGGGGAUGAGUAUCCGACUUUGGAAGAAACACCUCAGUCACCAUGGAAACGCAGAAGAAAGAAGACUAAAUCCAAGUUGCCCCAGAACAUGAUGGACAGCAGCAUCUCCGAACAGUCAGGGAAAGGAAAAAAAGAACCUCCUGUCUAA